AUGACUCUCAAUGUGAGAGACCUGAGAUUGAAACAUCGACUGGAAAAUGCCUGGGUGCUUUUCAAGAUUGACGGAGAGAGUGCGAGGACGUCGGCAGCCUUUGCGUCGACAGGUUGUUCAAAUUCAUUUGUGGGUUGUUUUUGUUGUCUUUUUCCGUUUUGCAGGGUUCGCGAUCGUUGGGAGGUGGAUAGCGACAGCGACUUCGAAGAGGAAUCAACUGUGCUGGAUGAGGUCCAGUUGGAUGGGCCACUGCUGCCAGUUAUCCUCAAUGUCCAGGAUGCUGCUAUCAUCCUCGAGAAUGUGCCAGAUGUGCUGACUAUCCUUGAGGAGGCCACUGGUAAUUGGCAGCUGAUACCGAUUAGGUUCAGCCCUCUGUACUGUGGGCCUGUUGCGAUCAGGAACCAUGCCGGUCCGGUGGCUAAAGCCUGGAGAACUUUCCAGUUCAUCAGCCCCAUUAUCACCUACAUGCGUGGAGGAUCCCAGCAGGUGGUGGUGAGGAUGCACCAUGUGAGUAGGGUUCGAGGCCUGGAGACUCAACUGGUGUGGGCCAUCUCCAAGGAGACAGCCAGGCUUAGUCCAGAGGGCAUCCCCUACUGUGCCACCAAGGUGCAGUCCGUCACUUGGAUCCAGUAUGUGGCUGGCAGGGUGACCCAGUAUGCGUCUCACCUCCGCCACGAGACGUCUGUGGACGUGACGUUUGGCUGCUACCAGCAGACUGAUGUCUCGGUGGUGUAUGCUACUCUCCACAUGGGGCUGGAUGGGCUGCUCUCCUCCUCGUGGGGGUCGGAGGCUGCCUCCGUCUCUACGCCCACCAAUCAGCAGUUCACUGAGCCAGAGCCUGAGGGCCACAACUGCUAUGAGGGCUGGGAGGAGGACCUGCUGCCUGAGGAGAGGGAGGUUCCUCUGAACCAUCUGUUUGUGGCAGGAAAGGUCCUAAUGGGUGCACUGGUUCAGGCCCACCACAUGGACGAGGCCGAAUUCAUCCGUGCCUAUAAUGACUUUGUGGACUACCUGAGUGACCCCUCCAAGAAGAUUGACAUUGAGAGGGAGCUGGCUGAGGCAAAGAUCCAUCAUGUUAACCUGAUAGAUGUCCUCUUUGAACUGGUGCUGUUUGGGUUGAUGACCGCUCAGAAGUCCCUGAUGGUGCACCCUGGUGGGUUCAUGGAGCGUCUGUACGCUCUCCUGUACUCCUUCCUGCCCGCUGCUGCCAGCAUUGAGCCAAAGGCUGAGAGAUACCUGCUGCUGCUCAAUGGCGGGCUGAUGGCUCUGCUAGAUGACAUGUUUGGGCAGCAGCUGGCCUGGUACUUUAACCCAGUGUCUCUGGUCACUGAGCUCUCCAGCCUCCUGGAGUACCACCUGGAGAACCUCAUGGCCAGCAUGUAG